UGUUAAUGGGAAACGUAGUAUUAAAUCAUUUAAUAAUUUUCUAAGACCUUAUGGUAUUACGGCCAAAAGAUUAAGAAAAAUUGGAGGUAAACACGCUUCUAGAGUUCAUGGUGGGCAAAAUCCAACUCCACAACAUCUCGAUUUUCUUACCAGAAUUGCAUUGAGACAUAAGAUAGACCGUUUCGAUGCAGGAAAAAAUUAUGCUGAGGGUGAUACUUCUGAAUCCGAGUCUGAUGAUUCUUUAGAGUUAAAACUUUCUGAUCUCAAGGCUCAAGCUUCGACAUCUCAGCCUAAGAAUAAUAACUAUAAUCCUUUCGGGUCUCAGAUUGCAGAAAUAGAUUCAAUGUUAGCUACACACACCAAUUACCCAUAUUAUGAUGAUGCCGAGCAUCAAGUCUUUGACUCUCCAAUAAACGAUGUGACAAUUCUAUUAAUUUCAUUCUGA